AUGGGUGCUAAAAUUUCAAGUCUUUUUAGCAGAUUUUCUAAACGUAAAAAUCUACGUAUACUAAUGAUAGGACUUGAGGGUGCAGGAAAAACAACUAUUCUUUAUCAAAUGAAACUUCAUGAGCAUAUGGAAUCAAUUCCUACAAUUGGCUUUAAUGUAGAAACAUUUUAUUAUAAAAACAUAGCAAUUACAUGCUGAGAUAUUUCUGGAGGAGAAAGAAUAAGACCUCUAUGACAUCAUUAUUUUGAAAAUACUGAUGGUGUAAUUUUUGUUGUGGAUUCUAAUGAUAGGCAGAGAAUUGAAGAGGCUAAAGAAGAGCUCCAUAGAGCAUCGAAUGAUACUAAUCUUGAAAAUGUUUCAUUUCUUAUACUUAGCAAUAAAAAUGAUUUACCAAAUGCGAUGAGCAAUUCUGAAUUAAUUGAUAAGCUAGACCUUUAUAUGAUUCGAGGGAAAAAUUGAUACAUUCAAAAUUCAUGUGCCUUAACUGGAGAAGGGCUUUGUGAGGGAUUUAAUUGGCUUUCAGAUGAAAUUUUGAGCCAAAUUUAUUAA